AUGUCAACAAUUGCUGUUGCAGGACUUGGUGAUGUUGCUAAAUAUGUUGUUGAAGAACUUAAUGCUCUUUCUUUACCAUUAAAAAUUGUUUUAUUAAGUCGAGAAUCACGUCCUUGGUUUGAUCAACAACCAAAUACUAUAUUUCGUAAAACUGAUUAUUCAGUUGAAUCACUUACAAAACAUCUUAUUGAUGUUGAUGUUCUUAUUUGUUUAAUUCAUUCUAAUGAUCAUUUUUAUAAUGAUGUUCAUGAAGCUAUGAUUUCUGCUUGUAAAACAUCACCAAAAUGUAAACGAUUUAUUCCAUCGGAAUGUGGAGGUGACAUUGAGAAAUUUCCACAACAUCCAGAAUUUUAUGUUCCAACGCAUGGAGCAAUUCGAAACUUAUUAGAAGAACAAAAUGAUAUUGAAUAUACAUUAUUUAAUCAAGGAUGGUUUAUGGAUUAUUUUAUUUCUGGUGAUCGAUCAUAUUUGAAACGUAUUUUACCUGUAUGGCCUUUGGAUCUUGAACAACAAACAAUUCGUAUCCCAGGUACUGGUAAUGAAUCAAUAACAUUUACAUCCGCUCGUGAUACAGGAAAAGCUUUAGCUCGUUUGGCUACAACAAAUACAAAAUGGGAUAGAUAUAUUUAUAUUGCUGGUGAAACAACAACUUGGAAUAAUGUCGUGAAACUUAUAGAAAAAAUCUAUCCUGAUAAGAAAUUAAAAAUUACAUAUAAAUCUCUUGAAGAAUUAGAACAAGAUCGUGCUCAACAUUUGCAUGAUAAAGAUCCAUCGCAAUUAUGGCUUGCUUUUAUGGAUCUAUGGAAUGCAACUGGCGCAAGUUCAGUACCAAUGAAUAAAGUAGAAGAACAAAGAAAGAAAUAUUUUCCAGAUAUUCAUUUCUCAAAUAUUGAAGAAUUUAUUACCACAGCUGAGAAAGCUAAUCAUAUUAUAUAA